AUGAUUCGUUCUGGAAGAACAAGAACAAAAGAACAAGAAGCAGCUGCAAGCCAAGCGGCCCAGGAAAAGUCAGCAGAUGGCGAUGUGGGAAGACCUGGAGAAUCAGAACGGGAAAAGGCCGAAGAUGGAGGUAGAGAACCAACCCUUGCGGACCUGGCGGGCAUUCUCCGUGCACACAUGGGGCAGCAGGAGGCUCGAGAUGAGAAGCAGAGGGAGAUGGUUGCAAGACAAGAACAAAGGUUUAAAGCACUUCAGCACCAGUUUCAGAUGCUGCAGCUAGAGGUACAAGCUCGAACAUCCCCAUUACCAACUGACUCUGAUCCAGAUCUUGAGGCUCCGUCCAGCAGACCUCACUUGCAAGCUCAGGUUGAGUCCACAUUUAUUGCUGAUGCAACUACGACUGCAACAGAGGUGAAUCCUGAUGAAAGUCCUAAGGAGCUGUAUGUGAGGCUUAAGGAGCUCUAUGGAAAGUGGAUCCAGCCAAAAGGUAAAACAAUUCAUGAUGUGAGUGAAAUGAUCAUAUUGGAGCAGUAUUUGAGAAUGGUGUCCCCUGAGCUUCAGGUCUGGAUUAAAGAGCACGACCCUGCUUCGGCAAUGGAGGCUGCUAGGUUGGCUGAUGUCUUUGUGGCGGCACGAAAGAAGGGGCAGCCGUGGAGCCACAAUUCAUGGAAGACAACAAGAGACAGCCGUAAAACCAUCCAGCAGUACUAUCCGAAGCUAGAGGCCAGUGGGGGUAAGCCACUCAUAGGAGAGAGUCAAUCCAUGCCCAAGCCACAAAAGCCAGCCGGUAAGAAACCCAUCUGUUACCUAUGUGGAGUUGAGGGCCACACUAAGCCUAUGUGUCCUAAAAACACAGCAAGGUCUCACAAUAUGUGUGUGGUGCCACGGCCUAGUGUCAAUUCAGUUCAUAUUAAUGAGCAAGAUGCUAAGAUGAUUGAUGUCGAAGUUAACGGGACUGUUCUUAAAGCCUUAAUUGAUACUGGGAGUGGUCAGACCCUGGUGCACAGGAAAUUUGUGCCUCCUUAUAUUGUCAGUACCAAUGACGCUGUGCCGAUUUGCUGUGUGCAUGGAGACGAGAAGUGCUAUUCCACAGCCGAGAUGUACAUUAGAGUUGAAGAUCAAACCUAUCUAUUGAAUGUUGUGGUUGCUGAUAAUUUGCCUUACCCUGUCGUACUAGGCCGAGAUCUCCCAGUGUUGCUUGAUUUGUUGGAAUCGGACAAGAACCUGAAGUGUUGUGCUGCUGUCACUAGAGGGCAAGUUAAGAAGUCUAAUGAGCAUCAGGAGAUCCUCAGCACCCUGCCAUUUUACAAUCAUGAGUUGGAGACAAAACCCGGGAAGUCUCGUAAGACUCGUAGGCAGAGAAGACGGGAGAAAUUUCUUCACACAGUGCUGGAACUUCCAACUAAUGUUGAACCUGAAUCACCUCUAGGAUUUCAGAUACCAGUCGAGAUCAUUGACAUGCAGAAAGGUGAUAAUUCUUUAGCUCCUCUUUUUCAGAAAAUCAGUGAGGAGGAACAAGGAGCUGAUCCGGAUGGGAACAAGGAGGCGUACAUUCUCCAGAAGGGUAUCCUCUACCGCCAGCAGGGGUCAGUGUUGCAGCUUGUGGUCCCCCAAGCAGCUAGAGACAUCAUAUUGCAGCUUGGGCAUGCCGUUCCCUGGGCUGGCCACCUGGGUCUAUCAUUUGCUGGGAAUCAGGAGCCUGAGAACUACGCCAUACCACCCGCAAAGUGAUGGGCUGACAGAACGCUUCAAUAAGACCUUGAAGCAGAUGCUGAGGAAGUUUGUCAGCAGCAGUGGUACUGAUUGGGACCUCUGGCUGCCAUACCUCUUGUUCGCGUACCGUGAAGUUCCCCAAGCUUCAACGGGUUUCUCUCCUUUUGAACUUCUCUAUGGGCAUGAGGUCCGAGGGCCUCUGUCUUUGUUGAGGGAGAUCUGGGAGGGUGACCAGGGGAGAGAGAAGGCUGUUAAUGUUGUGUCCUAUGUUGUCCAGAUGCGGGAGCGUUUGCAGAAGAUGAGUGAGCUCGCCCAGGUACAUAUGGCGGAAGCCCAGCAGCAACAGAAGGGCUGGUAUGACCAGAAGGCCCGCCAAAGAUCCUUCAGCCCUGGCCAGAAGGUGUUGGUGCUCCUCCCAAGCAGUGAUAGCAAGCUGCUAGCAAAAUGGCAAGGCCCAUUUGAGGUGCAGAAGAAACUUGGGCCAACGACAUAUCAGAUCUCCACUCCAGGUCAGUCACGCCAUUGUAGGGUGUUACACGUGAACCUCCUGAAGGAGUGGGUACAGAGACCUGAAAAGAGAACAGAUGUAAUGCUGGUUAGAAGUAUACUGGAGGAAGAGGAGGUAGACGAUCAGUACUUACCCCCUGCUGGUGAUCUGGUGAAUUUCGAUCUUAGCCACCUCCCAGAGGGUCAACAGCUCCAGGUGAGGGCGAUCUGCAGUCCUGAGGUGUUCCAGGAGAGACCAGGGAGAACUGAUCUUGUUGUCCAUAAUAUUGUUCUUAAAGAAGGUGCUUCUGCAAAACGUCUCAGUUAUAGGAUCCCAGAGUGCCUGUUGACCGCACUGAAGGGGGAGGUGGAUGUCAUGCUCUCCCAGGGUGUCAUAGAGCCUUCCAGAAGUGAAUGGUGCAACCCAGUAGUCCUUGUGCCGAAAAAGGACGGCAGCAUAAGAUUCUGCAUCGACUUCAGGUAUCUCAACUCUGUUUCCCAAU